UGGGGACGCCCCACCCCUUUAAAUUUUUACACACGUGCGUAUGUGAACGUGUUGAUGUUUUUAUCGCUAAAUAUCGUGUGUGUGUUUUAUCCGGAUUAAAGGUGGGAGCCCGUUUCACUUGUCGACAUGGAUCUCGCCUCAAAGGAUUCGUACAUUCAGAAACUUGCAAGUAAAGUGUUUUCUCAACGAGACCAGGAGUCCAGGAAGAGACCGUUCGUUCAUUUCAAAGCUAAAAGUGACACUGGUCCUCCAAAGAAGAAGAAAAAAUGCAAAAAGAAAGAUGAGGCCACAGAUGGCAAGACUCCCAAACCCCAACAGAAGCCUUCACCCUCUCCAGCAGCACAGAAAAUCAAAGCUGCCGUGAAACCAAACGGGUCCAACACUGAGGCCGCAAAUGGAGCUGCACACCAGAAGCAUCAAGGAGGAAGUGUAGACUCCAGCUUCACUACAGUCGAUGUAUUACGCAAAAGGCUCCAUGAAAAGAUUGAAGAGUCCAGAGGACAGGGAACUCCAAAGGAUGCAUUAUCAGAAGCUGUCCAGGCGAAGCGAGCAAAGCGAAAGCUGGAGCGGGAGCGCAAGAAGAGGAAAAGAAAAGAAUUUCUGAUGAAGAAACUGGCUGAAAAAAGUGGGAAAGAACAGCCGUUAGAGGUAAAACAGGAAGAGGAGCACGUCCCUGCCUCGAGCAAAAGAAAUGAGACUGCUCUGGUCUUCAACAAGGUUGAGACGGUGGACGAGGGUUAUAUAGACAAGAAACAAAAAAAGAAGAUCAAGAAACAGGGGAUAAAAGGCCAGAUAACUCCUCUGACGGGGAAGAACUACAAGCAGCUGCUCAGCCGCGUGGAGGCUCGCAAAGCCAAGCUGGAACAGCUGAGGGAGAAAGACGAGGAGAAGGCCUGCGAGAUGGAAAAGAAGAUCAUGUGGACCAACAUGCUCUACAAGGCAGAGGGCAUCAAAAUCAAGGACAACGAGGAGAUGCUGCGCGAGUCGCUGAAGAAGAAGGAGAAGAGGCGCACUCAGAAAAAGAAGAAAUGGGAGCAGCGGAGCGAGCACGUCCUAGAAAAGAUGCAGCAGCGGCAGGACAAGAGGCAAAAGAACCUGCGGAAACGCAAGCAAGUCAGGGCAGAGAAGAAGAAGGACAGGGCGCGGAAGAAGGGCCGGGUGCUGCCUGAGGACUUGAAAAAAGCCACAGUUUAGUCGAAGGAAAGACAACUUGCAUCUUGUUUCAGUUUCUGUAUGGCACUGUGAUAUUCACAUGAUAAUAAAUGUUCUCCUUGUGCAGAUAUUGCCUGACCCUAAUGCCCAGGAGAAAUACCUUGUUUCAUGGUCAAUAAAAUGGUAUUAUGAACAUGAUAAUGAAUAUAAUUCAAAUUAACAGGCUCUGUGUGU